GGGUGGGCGUGGCGCGGCGCGGGCGCGCGGCCCUUCCUUCCCGUCCCUGCCCCCCCCCCCCUCUCACGGCCGUGCCCGCCGCCGCCGCCGCCCCCACCCCCAACCCCCGCCCCCGGCCCCGCCGCCCAGAAGAUGGCGAGCCCGUGCGGGCGGCAGCAGUGCUCCAUCGAGAGGCGCGGCGUCCGCCACCAGCUCGAUUCGUGGCGACACAAGCUCAUUCACUGUGUAGGGUUUGAAAGUAUUCUAGAAGGCCUGUUUGGACCUGGAUUAUUAAAAGAUCUCAGUUUGUUUAAAGACUGUGAGCCUGAAGGUGUUUCUGAUUGGUCUUUUGAUGAAAAUUGUCUUUUCUGCUGCCUGAGAAGAGAAAAAGUGAAGGAGCACUUAGUCAGUCUGGAUGAGCCAGCCUCGGAAGCUGGACAAGAAGCUCUGCUUAGACAAGAGCAAGCAAAAAUCAUUCGUUUUGAAAGGCAAGCGGAAGAGUUCCUCAAUGCAGUCUUUUACAGAAAAGACAGUCCUAGGGUCUCUGACCCCAAUAUUCCCCUAGUGGCCCGUGAGAUCAUGCAGCGAAUGAUCCGACAGUUUGCUGCUGAAUAUACCUCAAAAAAUAGCUCUACUCAGGACUCCAGCCAGCCCAAUAGCACAAAGAACCAAAGCCUGCUGAAAGCAUCUCUGGUCGCCUCCUCUCCCACGGCUGCAACUGCUCAGAACCCUGUGCUCAGCAAACUUCUCAUGGCUGACCAAGACUCACCUCUGGACCUUACUGUCAGAAAGUCUCAGUCAGAACCUAGUGAACAAGACGGCGUGCUUGAUUUAUCCACUAAGAAGAGUCCUUGUGCCGGCAGCACCUCUCUGAGUCAUUCUCCAGGGUGCUCCAGUACUCCAGGAAAUGGGCGACCUGGGAGACCCAGCCAGCACCAUCCAGAGGGACUACAGAGUGGUGAUGGGGUACCUCCAAGAAGCUUGCAGGAUGGAACCAGGGAAGGUUAUGGCCACUCUACAUCUCUUAAAGUACCGCUGGCUCGAUCACUCCAGAUUAGUGAAGAACUGCUGAGCAGAAACCAGUUUUCUACGGCUGCCAGCCAUGGGCCAUCUGGACUACAGAAUCAUGGACAGCACUUAAUAUUAUCCAGGGAGGCUUCUUGGGCAAAACCACACUACGAAUUCAAUUUCAGCCGCAUGAAAUUCAGGGGAAAUGGUGCACUCAGCAACAUCAGUGACCUUCCUUUUCUUACAGAAAACUCUGCCUUUCAAAAAAUGGCACUUCAAACUAAACAGGAUGGGAAAAAGGACGUGAGCCAUUCGUCUCCUGUGGAUUUAAAGAUACCACAAGUUCGAGGCAUGGACCUUUCUUGGGAGUCCCGCACUGGUGACCAGUACAGCUAUAGCUCUUUGGUAAUGGGUUCACAAACGGAGAGCGCGCUUAGCAAAAAGUUAAGGGCUAUCCUUCCAAAACAAAACAGGAGAAGUUUGCUGGAUGCUGGACCAGAUUCCUGGGGCUCAGAUGCUGAGCAGUCUACCUCUGGACAGCCAUAUCCCACCUCAGAUCAAGAGGGAGAUCCUGGCUCCAAGCAACCUAGGAAGAAAAGAGGGAGAUACAGACAGUACAACAGCGAGAUACUGGAGGAAGCAAUCUCUGUGGUUAUGAGCGGGAAAAUGAGUGUUUCCAAAGCUCAGAGUAUUUAUGGGAUCCCCCACAGUACACUGGAGUACAAAGUUAAAGAGAGGCUGGGCACUUUGAAAAACCCUCCAAAGAAAAAAAUGAAAUUAAUGAGGUCGGAGGGGCAGGAUGUUUCAGUAAAGAUUGAAUUAGAUCCCCAGGGAGAAGCAGCACAAAGUGCGAAUGAAUUGAAAGAUGAGUAGGGAUGUUGUAGAGUGCCAAUUACUUUGCAAACUGGGUGAGCACUACUGCAUAGUUCAACCACCAUUGAGCACACCUGAUUCUCCUAUUGACUGCAACGUUCUUUCCUUUGCAGUCUAGCAUAGACUUGUGUGGACACAGGUGAAAGGUGUGCUCUGAAUGUCACAUUUGUAAAUUUUUUUCUUGCCUGGUAUGGUGCAGUUUCCCUCCUUCACCUGCCCACUACCCUGCUCUCUUCUUUUUUUUCCCUCCCUUUUUUUUUCUUUGCCUUUUGCAUGUUUCUCUGUAAUAGAGAGUUGAGUUACCUCAUAAAGAAUGCAGAUCUGUGGAAGUGGACAUCUUGCCUGUAGAGCUUGCCUGAACUCCUGUUGUUGGAUUUUUUUUUCUUAUCUGCCUUUAGAGAAAUAAGUCCACUUUGUUAAACUGAUAGUCUCUCAAAAACAGGCUUUUUUGACUGAGAAAAUCAGACUGUAGUUCUACAAAAGGUUUCAGAAAUCUUUUUUCCCCCUCCUUUUCUUUGAUCCAGUUGAUGGAAAGAUUUAAGCUAAAUCAAGUUACUUAGGAAUGGUACCUCUCUCGAACUAGGAGAUUUGUUUAUUUGGUGGAUAAUCAAUUGGGUCUAAUUAGGCUCUCCGCUAUUUUAUUUCUAAAUUAAACAUACCAUUCGCUGUCUGCUUAGUGCUCACCCGGAGGGGAGGGGAGGGAAAACUUACAUACACUACCUUCAGAAUAUGUCAGUUAAUUAUUUGUAACACUACCUUUGCUGUAAUUUUGUUUGAUAUUUUUGAAGGGUGAUAUUUGACUCACCUGCUUGAGGAUGUAGCCUUAUCUCACGGAAGACAAGCUUCUCAUGGUCAGGAGCAGUCAGGGUACACUAAAUGAUGUAUUAGGGUAUGCCUCAUUAUAACAGAACUAUGGUUCUUUGUGACCUUUAUGCUUUUUACAGACUUGAUUCUGAGUUUACUAAACUAUGUGGUUCCAACAACUAGUUUAAAUGACUCUAAUCUGGGGACGGGGGGGGAUAUGUGUAACAAACUACUGUGAUCUUGCGCAAAAAAAAAAAGCCCACAAAACAGUGAUCUCAAACGUUACAACCUCAGUAGUCUGCCCAAAUAUCCACGUUAGUGAAGGAGCUUGUUAAUGUUCAGGGAAGAAGUAAAACACUGGUAGCCUGAUCUAACUCAGGCUCUGCAUCAUAUCUAUCUGUAAUACAGUCAGGGUCGAACACUCGAUGAAAGGGUGUUUCCUUUUUAAAUAUUACAGUUGCCAGUAGCAGGAAAUAAUCUAAGUCCUGCUUUUUUUGUGUUGUUUUUAUUUAAUCUAUUUUGAUAGUGGUUUAGCACAUGCUAGAAUAAGCAUUUGAACACCGUAAAAGCACUCCGUAAACCACAAACCUUUUUUUCCUUUUUUUUCCAAAUAUUAAUGAUAUCUGUAUCAUUAUAUGGAGAUCCAGGAUAAGUUUUGUACAGAACUUUUAUCUUUGAUACUUUCAGCGGGAGUGGUCAGUAACUAGGUGGAGCUUACUGGUCUUAGUAUGACCAAAUCGCAAUUGCCGGUUCUUCAGGUAGAAACAAUUUGGUCUUAAUUUGUGCAAAAGGUAGCUAGAAUUACCGCUUUUUUCCCAGUUGCACAACCAAAAGAAGCAUUGGAGUUUUUGUGUGAGAGCAUUCAGUGAUGUCAGUGACUGAAAGUGGUUUCUACAAGUUCACGGGAGGAUGGCCUUAGCUAGUCCUAGGGAUGCUGAAUGAAUUCUGGAACAAUUGAUGCUACUAGCCUCUCCCCCUCCCCAGCAACUUCAUAUUUUCAAAGGUUAGGCACACCAUUGCUGUCGUUUUAAAUAUGCACUGCUCAUUCUUGAAACGGACCGGGCAUUUGGCCCCAGGUAUACUUUUUUUUGUUUACUUAAUAUGCUGUAGUACUCAAAAUCCUGGUUCCUUGUAGCUCUCUAGUUGUCGUUGCGGCAUUUGAAGCAGUUUAAGCUCAGUAGCAGUAUAUAAACUCUGCAAUAUGUUCCAGUUUAGCUGGUAAUUGCAAUAAAGGUGCGGUUAAACGUGUGAUUUCAUCUGCUGUUGGAGGUUACGGUAGAAAGUUUGCUGCAAGUUUAACACAAAAAAAAGAGUUAACACAGUUUUACUGUUCAGAGAGGUUUAACCUUUUGCAGUUGUCUUUAUUUAAGCAACAUGAGUUGAGUUUUAUAAAAACUUGUCACUGUAGUGUACGUGGAGUGCUCAUUUUACUAACCUAAAUAUUUUGUAUGUGUAUGUUUAAGUGGGUGACAAUCGUGCAGCAGAAGAAUGGUGUGCCUACCCUUUAAUGCUGCAGUUUUAAAAGAGAAUUUGUCUUGUCAUUUCAGACUGUAGGCUAAGAAUUGUAAAUAGAUAGUGAGAAGUUGAGUACUCUUUAUUUGCUUUGGUUAGAAAGUGGAUUUAAAAAAAUAACCAACAAACCAAACGCGUAACUUUCUCAGUUUAAAUGUCCUGAGACCUGAAGAUUGUAAUACUCACGUCUGCAAAGCUUUUAAACACAACACUUGAUCUGUGAUAACUUAUUAUUCAGGUAACCUUUCUUUUUCGAGAAGCUUUUGAACAACCAUAUUUCCUCCAAAGGUCUCUGUUUAAAAAGAAAAAAAAAGAAAAAAGUGUAGAUUAUUUUUUAAGCACUAAUUGCAUUACGUUGGUAACUGCAAUAUAAAAUAGCCAUUAUUGUUUUGUGAAGCAUGGUUGAGAUUAGUUAGUGGUCCCUUUUAAAAAUUUCAUGAGCCUCUCAAAAAAAUAAAAACAAAUUUAAAAAAAAAAGCUGCUGAAUAUUCAAAAGAUAUAUAUUUUACCUUAUUGUAGGUUUUGUAAAUUUAGUCUGUAAUAUUCAGGUGCACCUUUUAAUGUUAACUUUUUGUUUCAAAGUCCCAUCUAAUGUAUUUUCUCUGAGGUGAUUCAUCACGUAAGGCUAGUAUCACUCGAAGUGCUGCAGUGAUCGCUAAUAUUUUGUUUCAGUUCUCACUACGUAUUUUUUACAGGCGCUUUCAGUGUAGCUAACUAGUAGUAUUUGGGAUCAUUUUAAAUAUAUGAUUGGAAUUAAUGUUUGUCCAUUAGCAUGCUUAAUUUUCUGCUGACCAGCAGUUUGCAUGGCCAAAAUCCCUGGUUGACCAUAUUUUGGUGUGGGAAGGUGUGGUUCACUGCUGUCUUUGUAACAAAAGCCUUGUUUCUCAUGUUAUUUCUGGUAAGUGGAUGCUUAUGUUACUUGGAUCACUUGGACAGGAGAUAAGGUUUAAAAUCUUUCUUCUGCUGCUCUUCUGAGAUGGCAUUAACGCGUAACGUAGACAAACCGCAACCCUGUAAAAAUGGAGACGUCGUUAGGAGGAGGCCUUUCGGGUAUUUUUCGUCACUAGUUUUCUCUUAUUCCCGAGAACGUCCAUCCGAUGUAGUUAUUGGACUUAACAGUAUUGUUGUGUACUACGUUGAUGUAGCUGAAAAAGCCUGACAGCAAGAAACUGUGAAUAAUAUUUGUGGCAGUCUCUGAAAACUAGUUUUUCAGUCCAAGUAUCAUGAAGGAGAAUCCCUCUCCCCUACCCCCAUCCUAGAAAAGUAAUUUUAUAUUUUGUGUGUAUAAAGUUUUAAGAAUCAAGUUUCAUAUUGUACUGAAGUUUAGGUGUCGCUUGGUAAAUCUUUGCUGCAGCAUAUAAUUGAAGAUGAGUAAGGCUUAGUGUGGUAGGGGUCCUGGUGUGGAGUUAAUUAUCGUACAGUUCUGGUGAGAAAGCCCAACAUGUAUGAAAUGUGUCCUUUUUUUAUUAUUAUUUGGACUUGUAAGAUGUAAAAGUGCUUUUUUAGAACUCUGACCUAUUACAAACUAUUACCUCACUUUCAGCCAGCUGGAUCCUCAUUCCACAGUGUUGUAGGCAUUAUCGUGGCCGUAAUGCUUGAGUACAGCUAUCGAGUUGAACGUUUCCAGUUAGGUAUUGUAGGGACACGUAUCUGGACUCAUUUCUGUCAGAAGACUGGUUUUUCUCAGUCAUUUGCUAACCUUUCUUGAAGGCUCAAGACAAUUUCCUUUAGAAUUUCUCAUUCCUUCCUCUUAAGUAGAAGUUGCUGCCCAAGAGAUACAGGUAUGCCUUUUGCUUUCUUCUUGUUGCAGAACUCCUAAUUCGAUGCUUGCGUUACCAACCCUAUUGCUAGACCUGAAGUUGAAUCCUGAAUUUUCACUGAAAUCGGAAAACAAAUUUUGUUAACAAAUGCAGGUGUACAGAUAAGAUAGUGCCUCUAGUAAGGGAACAACUUCAGCUUCUGUGUUCUCAAGCAAUUCCUAUACCACCUUCCUUGUGGAGCUUUCCAAUGCUCACGAUAUUCCUAAACAUGAAAGGCAACUGCAGAUGUGCUUAGACCAGUUAGGAACAGACAAGGAACAGUCUGUGCUUUUACUAGUGGCAGGCUGACAUUAGUCUAAAUAUUUCUUUCAUGAGGACCCAAGGGUACAUUGCCUUCCCCCAGAAAUUCACAGGAACUGGCAAUAUGAUUCAGGGGCUUUAGGGUUGAGUAAGCUUUGUAUAGGUUGGAACAACAUCUUAGUUCUGAUUGAAUUGCUUUUUAUAUCAUCUGCAACGAUUGUUAUACAGGCAAAACUGGAGUUAUCGUGCUUCUUUUCAGUUUACUUUGGAUCAAUGCUCUUAAGAUGUCCUUGAGUCUUAGGAGAAGAACACGGUGUCCAAGGAGUGAAGGGAACACUGUGCCGUUCCCUUGUUUCUCAAAAACAGCGUGGCAACAUCUUGUAAUGUAAAGAGCUCUUUCUUUCAGUGAAGACAAAAUUUUAACUCUUCAGUGUGAGAAUGCAUUCACCUAUUGCAGUCCAAAUGCGUAUGAAGGCAUAUUUAUUAACCUGUACUGAAAGCUUUGUCACAAUAUUUUAAAUAUCUCAAAUUCUCUGCCAAAUGUUAGAGGUAGGAUUGAAGGGUUGCUUCUCCGUUUUAGGGGCAUCAGAAACUUCUGGGUUUUCCCCACAAAUAUUUCAAAAACUAAAUGUGACUUCAGUCUAGGUCAAUAUUGCUUUUUCUUGGCACCAGUAGAUAAUGCUGACUGAUACCGGUUUUAGAAGCUAUACCUGAAUUGUUUCGAGACUAGUCUUGGUACAGUUGAGGUUAAUACUUGAUCUUGAAUUAUUUUGAAAACUCAGUGGUUAGAACCUUCAGAAACAUGAAAAUCUGCACUGCUAGUUCUGUUAGAUGUAGCAAAUAUAAUCACUAUGGUUAUGAAUUUCUAAAUAUCCAGUUUAUAAGCAUGAUGUAUGUGAUGAUCACUAAACAGAGAGAGACUGUAGGCUCAGAGUGAUCCAUAGAUGCCCUCCACAUAGACCAGGAAAAAACUGUAAGUAGUUACAGCAUUCCAGUGUCCAUCUCUCUCCUGUUCUUGGUUUGACUGGGGCCAAGUCUCUGUAACAGUAUUACAGCAGCAGAUUUGGACUUCACGUCCUAUUAAAUUAUGCCUAUAUUCAGGUACUGUCAUGAAAACCUUCAUAUUAGAGAGUUUUUCUUAAUCCUCACAAAAAUCUCUUACUGAAAUUGCAAAAUCUGUUUUCCUGGGCUACGUACUAGGAGGCUGGAUUUUUUUCAGCCUGUCCCAGGGUAUUUCAUUCACCUUCUUUAAAAACAACAUCCCCCCCUUUCUGCCCUAUGCUUGUCUCUACUUAAUUGGUAAGUAUAGCUUCAAAGUACUCAAGAUGCUAAUUCUAAGUGUUGGAGCAGGGAUUAGGACACGGACUUCAUUCUGACUGGAGCAAGAAAUGUUAAUGCCAGAAAGUAAUUUCUCUAGUUAUUACCUAAUAUACAGUCUUAAUGUUUUUUCCUACUCAGAAGUAAUGAAGACACCACUACAGCUACUAAUACAGUUUAUCAACUACUUGGUGCUACAUUUCUCAAAUAUUUUUGCAGAUAAUAUUUUUUAUGCCUGCAUGAAAGCAUGUAAACUUUACCGUCACUAUAAAAAGCACUUGUCUGACCUAUUCUAAAGUACCAGAAAAGGGAUAAAUAACUGCAGCACUUUUUCUGUUACAACGCCAGAGUCUUAAUUAAAUCUGGUCUUCAGGUUAUGAGGUAUUUUAAACGUACAAUCUAGGAUCGUUAACAGCUUUUCAGGUCAGAUUACAAGUUCUCUUGGGAUACUAAUCUGUCUUUUAAAGAGUAGUAUGACAAAAUAUUCUGAAGUUCAGGCAGGGGAUGUAUACAUGCCUGAUAUUUUUAACUGAUCAUUUCAGUAGGCCAUUUCAGGGCUUGACAUUUGGAAUCUGGGAUGAUGGGUAGGGAAAGGGAAGUUUCCCAAACUGAAAAAUCAUUUUGGACCAUUGUUUAAUGUUCAGUUUGUAAAAUAUAUCACAAGAAAAAUGGGUAGGGAUUCUUUCUCCCUUACGCCUUCAGGGAAUGAGUAGUAUUUAGAAUCUCUGGCUGAAAUUCAAGCCUUUUUACCAUGUAAAUUUUUAAUAUAAACUCAUUGACAUGCUUUUUACAUCUGAGGACUGAAAAUGGAUCUUAAUGUUUAAGUUGUGGAAUGGUAUAUUUCUUAAAUGAAGGGGGAACAUUUAAAAAAAAAAAUAGAUUAGAAUACCAGCAUUAGUGAGCUUAAGGGAUUUUAGUAUGUAAUAGCAAAGUAUAGCAAAGUAUUUGAUUAAAAAAAAUUAAUCUUGAAUUGCUAGUCUGUAACUAGGUGCAUUCUAAUUUAGCAGGUGAAUAUUCUUUACUUAUCGAUAUAUGAUGGGCUUUUUGCAAAUAGAAACCUUUAUCUGAGUCCCACGUGUUGCUUGUACUGAUGGGAUGUACGCUUACAGCAGCUUACUGCUGCUUUAAAAUGUAUAAAAUAUGUUUUGAGUGUUUGCUCAUAACUCUUUCUAACCUCCACUUGUUAAAUUGUCAGACAUUGGUAUUUUAUCAGUCCGCAAUGUAAGUUUAAACUAAUGUUCUUAGGAAUCCAACUUGUACACACACUGUUUAAAAACCCUCAGGGACAGUUUACACACUAUCCUCACUCAAUUCAGGUACUUGUACUCUCUUCUUAAACCUAGCAGUGACUUGUAUUUUGUUUUGCUUUUCGUUUGACGUGCUGAUAGCACAUCCUUGAUGAAUGUCAACUUAAAACUCAGUUCAGGUAUCCAGGUAUAACUCAGCCAAACGGAUUUUAAAGCUGCAUAUUUACUCUCCAGCACACAGUGCCUCAGACACUUAUAGUGGCAUUCUGUAUAUUCAGUUAUUACUACUGAGCAGAUCGCGUGGGGGUUCCUGGUAUGUAUUGUAAGAAAUUCCUAUGUAUAUUAUAUAAUAUGUAUUAUAUUAUAUACAUAUAUAGUAUAUAUGUUAUCUUAAACUUAUAUAUUUUAAAAUGCCACUACUAGCCAGCGCAGCUAAAAAAGAAAUACAUUCCCAGCUGCUUCUGUAACCGGCAGAGGCAGCUUCUUAACGUGGCUCUUGCUUCUCUCUCACCAUAACUACUUCUAACCUCAAGCACGGGUCCUUGGCUGUCUGACCUCUACACUCUAGUUAUGCAAUGUCCUUAGAGAAUUCUGUGCACUGGCCACUGUGAUGGAAACCAAUGGGCCGGGAGUGCUUUGAGUUUAUUAGUAAUUGUUCUGCCAAAGUUGGUGUUUGUAUGACAAGCGUGUAAACCUGUCAGAUAAUCAGCAGAGGUCCGAGUUAGUAACGGUGCACGUAAUCACUUCCACGUAAUUGGUAGGACCAGGCCCUCAGCAGGUGUCUCCUCUCUGAUGCUGAGCGCUAAUUCCGAACGUGUUGGCACUUAACAUCUGUAGUGAUGGGCCUCCGUGCUGCGCUCGCAGGGAGGUGAAACUUCAAAAUAAAAUCUGCUGUUCUGCUCUCGCAGGAAUCUGUUGGCAGUCGCAAGUCAGCAACACCUCUGCUUUAUUAUUUGACACUUUACAUCUAAAAAGUCUUCUCUUUCUAUUUAUGUAACCCAUAGUCUUUGAAGAGUAUGGAAAAUGGCAUUUCUCUCUGACCUCUAGAAGUUCAAGUGUCAUGGGAAAAAAACAGGAACCCCCCCCUUUACUCUUAUGGACCUCAUUUCAAUAUACUGUUUACAGUUUGACGGAAUUGUAUAAUUUAAUAUUUCUCUUGUACUGUAGUUUAUAUUUAUUUACAGAUUUUUUUGUACUGUGUGAUUUGAAUUUUUUGUUCCUUGCUAUGAUCAAUGUUUUAUGUAGUAGAGCACUUAUGAUCACAAAUUAAGGUUUUUGGUUUGAUUGCACUACAUUAAUUUUUUUAAUGCAGUUCUGAUUUUUUGACUGGACUAAAUAAGCUGUGUCUUAAUGUAUGUGAUAAGUACUUUUAAAUUUUUAUUUCAUGUGGUCCAUUUAUUUUUUUGCAUUGUAUGUCAAAGCGCUAAUUCUCUUGUUGUGCAUGUGUAAGAUUUAAUGGCUCCAUUGUAUUAUUUGACCAUGUCAUUUUGGAAACACAUUCCCAGCUGUAACGUUGUGUAUGGUAGUUUUCACUGGAUGCUAGACUUUUCAAAACCACUAUUCUUCUAAUAAAUUUUGUUGUGAAAAACUUGAAGGGGUUCCCAUUCUGUUGUUUCUAGUGUGCUUCCUAAAUGCUUGCACUAGUAAAUCGGAGGUUUUGAAAUGCAAAUUACUGCAAAUAAAGAACCAGGGGAGGAAGUGAAAAUAGCAGGUGAAACAAAUUCUGGCUGGAGGAUCAAGCUUUGGGGUCGGUGCGCUCCGUUCGUGCCUUGUUCGUGAUUAGGAUUGGCGAUAAAGCUGCUUGAGCAGCUGGGCAGGGAACGCAUGCGAAAGCUGAAAUGUCGCCUCGCAGCAGCCUGCUCUCAUGAACUCCCCUACUCUAAUUUGCUCUUCCCUACUGGCCACCUUAAUUUCUCUCAUGGUAAAUAAUUUAUUUGGUGAAGAAUAAACAGCGUCUCAGGAGGGGAGGGGGGGGGGGGGGAAGUAGCCUUGUUCUUUGAGCGCUUAGUAAUGAGCCAAGGUAGAAACCCUGGGAAUAAAAGCCUAGCUGGGAACCCGUAGCGUUGCCUUGUACAGCUCGAUUUGGCUCGCUCGCCAUCUCCCAAAUAACCCUGUUCCCCAGGGAGCAGCGCCUUGCUUACCGGAGGAGCUUGGACAAAGCUCAUGGUAUCUGCCUAGCUGCUUGCUUGCACGGCAGUGCUCUCCUUGGCUGCAGCCCCAGCUCCCCCUGCACACAGGGGUAUGGCCCCGGCUCCUGGUUAUCCGGGAAGGCUCCAGCCCCGCUGUCCUGCGCGGGUCCCGGGGCAGGCUGAGUGGUGCCACCACGCUCCAGCUGCUGCCUGCUGCAGCCCCCGUUCCCUUUCUCCCCACCGUACUUGGUGUUGGGUUGAACUACUUUUAACGUGAUGCAUUAUUGAUACCUCAAUGCUGAAUGCUAAAAAGUAGGUUACAGGAAGUGUUGUGUAAUGGAAGCCACGUGGGUUUGGGCAUUUCUGCUAACCUUCGGGUUCAGUCCUACAGUCCUAGGAUCAUUUUGAGAGCAGCACGUAGGAAUCUCCUGGCUUUAGGAACAUUCAUGUAGUGCUGCAGCCUGUCUGCUCCAGGCUUCUUUUUCCUGAGACGUGUUUUCCUCAGCUUGUGCUGUUGAAAUGUAGGUGGGGUUUGCAUUUACUAACAUCAUUUCCAAUUCCAUUUUUUUUUGGUGAAGAUACAUGCUUAUUACACUACAGACUAACUAUUGUAUUCCUUGUAUGCUAAUCCUGGUAUUAAAAAGUGAAAUGCUAAGGUAGCCUCAUGCUGCCACUGGCUUAGCUUUACUUGGCAAAUAUCAUCUAAAUAAAAACUUGCUAUGACUAGAGGCUACAUCUUACUCUAGUUUGGGAAUAGUAAGUCUUUGUGUAAAUAACGUGAAAGCUUUGUGCUGUAAACUAGCAUUUAUCAUAUCUUUUCUGUAUGUCUGAAUACAUCUGUCAAAUCUUUGAAAAUAGCCUCUGAAAGUGAUGAACCAUAUUCCCAUCUGCCAUUCUUUGGUGUGUAUUACACAUUGCAAGCUCUUCCCAGAACAUUUUUAAUCGACACUUUUAGUCCUGUGACUAUCAGAAAUACUAAGGUUUUGUUGUUGUUGUUUGCCUGGAGGACUCGCUGAUGGUCUCACACUUAAGAUGAAGUUGUUCGGCAUAAAGGAGCAAAGUCUCAAAUUAAUUUUAAAGUUUUCUCUAACACAGAUACGUAUAAUGGUGGGAAGGCAGAGGAUGCUGUAGAAAGAAGCACCCAUGCUAUAUGCUAGAAGUAGAAAAGAAGCAUAAUUAGCUCUGCUAUGGCAGCUCAGAAAGUCUGCUAAUUUCCCUCGGCUUGGUUUGGUUCAGGAUGGGUUUCGAGCUGCUCCAUUUUGCUCUUGGAAGAGGCAUCCACCUCUUCUGAACCUGCCAGAGCCUUCUGAAAUAACAGACUCUUCAGAUUCAGGUCACUUUCUGCCAUCCAACUGUGCCAGCAUAUGGGAAAUGAGUGGUUCUGCUGAUUUCCUCGUUGUGAAGCUGUGCUCCUGGGAUGGAAAGAGCAGAAAGCUUCAGGUCACUGCCCAUGGGCACUGGGAUUAAUCCUAGCUGGUGAGGCCCUUGCCUCUAAGGACCCCAAACUCUUGCAGAGGCACAAGAUAUCCCGAGGUGGAAGGGAACCACAAGGCUCAUUGAGUCCAACCCCCUCUCAACUUGGGAUGUGUGAGUGAAGCUGCUUUAAUAAAGGAAAUUGCCGAGUAUCACAACUUUACCUCCUUGGGCAAACAGAAUAGAGUCCUCAGUCUCUGCUCAGAGAGCUGCAGUGUGAGGUUUUCUUCGGUUGCUUUAGUGAGACUGAUCAUGCUGAGCUGUUUAAUGUCCCCGAGGCACGACAAAAGUGGGCCUGGGGGGGAGGGAGGGUUUAAAUCCUCAUUCAGCAAGACAUUUCAGCAAGUCGCUGAUUUCUUAAUCAACCGGUUGCAAACUGCUGCACGCCCUUUGGCACGAGCCCAGAAAUGGGUAUUUUCUAAACUGGGGCUUUUAACGAGGGGUGAGCAGCAGUUUUGGGGACCUGCUUAGGAAUGUGAUUCACGCAUGGGAGAACGUCACCGUAAAAACUUCCUGAUGCUGUCACUGCUAGUAUAAAAGGAUAACUGAAGGUAUAGCGACAGACAAAGUAAUUCCAAAAGGCAGAGCUUGUAAUGUUAGAGGCAAAUCUGGGAAUAUAUGGUUUGAAACAAUGAAGAUAGCAAAGGGAUUAAAAUAAAAGACGAUCUUUUUAAUAUAGUUAUUCUCAAGACACUUGAAAAGAUGUUACGCUGCUGGAAGGAUCUCAGAUAAUACCGUAUGUGGGAGCGCUGCUGUGCCCCUGCUCUGCUUCCCUUGAUGCAGCCUCUGUGAUUUAAGAUCCAACACAUUCUCAAUUGUCUAGUGGGAAAUACGGAAGAAAUCUGAAUGACUUCACAACCGUGAAUUAAUUCAUAAGUUUCUUCUCACCCAACUACCCCCCCGCAAAAAAAAACAGACAAGAUAACAUUUGAAAGCUGACCAAAUAUCACGAGGAGGGAGCACACAACAAUUGCAUCUCGUUUUUACAGGUCACUUUUGAAGUAGCAAUAUUUACAGGUGGCGUUCAAAAAGAGACUUUUCUAAAAUCUCUUGCUUCUUCACCUGCAGCUGUCCCGCGUGCUGCUGAGUGCGUGUUACGAAAAAGACAGGUUUCUGUGCGAGAUGGCUACGGCUCAAAUCUCCAGGAAUCGUUUAAAAGCUCAGCUAAAAUUAAGAACGCUUACGGUACGUUUCAGAGCACAGAUGUGUAAGCACGGCUGACUAAAAGUGCAAGGUCGCUUGUGCCAACACACAGCUGCAGGUCCCACGGGACCAGCUGGAGUCCCAGGCCGUAUCCUGCCGGAGCAGCACGGCGAAGGACAUGAUGGAGGUGCCAGCGGCUGCCUGCACGAGCCUGUCGCCAAUCUGGCACCGUGCUCCUGGCCUGUGCCAGGGCUCCAGUCUUAUCGCUGCUGCUGCUGCUGCUGCUGCUGCUGCUGCCGCCUCCGGGCUGGCCAGAUCGAAGCUGUGCUUGCAUCGCUUGUCCUUGCCAUGCUGCUGCCCCCAGGUGCAGGUUAGGCAGCCCCGUGCUGAAAAGAAGAGCGGUUUGCCUCUAUGGGGUUAUCAGCAAACUGUCUGUAAAGAGCUGUAAUGCUAAACGGGCAGUUUUGUGAAACCCGCCGCGGUUUGUUUUUUUGGCUGGCGUGCCCCCAGAUCCCAUCAUCACGUGUCCCAAAUCCCUCCUGCCCAGCUCACAAAGCGAGGGGCUCGCCCAACUUGUUUUGGAAUGGCAUUCUUGACUUUGAAAGGGGCUUUUGUGAUUUCCUUUCUUAAUACCAAACCUUUGGCUGUGCUUUUCUUGUCACUGAGCUUUAGAUGAAGGCUUUGACACCAAUUGUUAAAAGUUAUUCUGACUGCGCGGGGGAAAAAUAUCGAGGCUAGGAGAAGCUGAACAGCUUCCCCAUGAUGAGUGCAUGCAUGGAGUGGCUUCCACGCGUACCGCUGGUGUGUGCCAGGAGCUGUGACCCGAGCCUGGUGCUUGCUGGCAAAUGCCGUACCCCCAGGUGAGGCUGUGCUGCUGGUGGCCUCAUCCGUGGCAGUGCAGGAAAGCUGGCACCACGCGAUGCUGCUCGUGCUGUUGGCAGAGGUGACCCCAUGUCCGCCAUGUCCCCUCACCAGGCGGUGGGACCCUCGCAGAGGGUAUGGUUUAAUCCCUUUUUUGACUUGCUUGGCAUACUGUUGAGUCUUUCUGCAUUUAUGAGUGUUUUUUCUUCGCGAGUUAAACACAUCUCUUAGCUAACAGCAUGCGGCGAGCAGGACUCAGUUUGGUGUUUCCAUCACGCUCCCCUUUUAGGUGAAGGUGGUGGUGUGGUGUGUUUUUCUGUUUUUUUCCGGUGUUGCGCUGUGGUCAAGAGUGGUAUUUCUGUGAGAUGCCUUUCAGGACUUUAAAGCAAGUGGCCGUGUUUGAGGUGUUAGCAGUGGUUUUAAACAAAUUACUUGACUUUAAAGGAGACGCUAGAAAAAGACCCUGUAGGAUUCUGGUUUUUCAUAAGAACCUGUCAUAACAAACGUACUCUGUUUUCACAUCAGUGCAAGUUUUCUUUUCAUUUCUCACCAUCAAACAUAAGCCUGAGAGCUGAAAGCCAAGCUGGCUUGCUGUGUAAUCGGGGUUGUUCACUAACGGCAAAGGUCUCGUUGGCCACGGUGACAGCCACGUGCCCUCACUACUAGCUAGAGCUUUACAAGGCUGUGAUUCAGUACUGAUGCCAAAAAAGCAGUAGAUUUUUGCUCCUGUUUCAGGACCUGUGCUGGCUUCUCUCUAACAGACACCCACAAGUGUGUAGCCUACUUGGCUGCUUGUUAGUUCUAGCCUUCGUUCCUAUACCCGUUGAAAUCCUUAUAUUGGUGCCUUUACUUUUGUUUGAGUGUAGAGUGGAUUACAUAUUGCAGAAAAAAAAAAAAAAGGCAAAAAUAGCACAACCCUGGAUUUAAAAUUAAUAUGCCUUGCAGCGCCUUUAAUGAUUUCAUUCCUAAGUUAGGAAUAAUAAUUGGUGCUAAAGCUGCACAUCUAUAUAACCUAGCAUGAAGCAACAAAAGCGGUGGCUCCAACUUGGUGCUGGCAAAGAGCAGAUCGAUGAGGUGUGGGUUUUUUUGGCUGUUUUGUCCAUUUUCUUAUAGCUGCCUAGUGAAAAAAAAAGGACAUUCCCUGUGAGAUUGAUAGGGAUAGUGAGGCCUCAGCAGAACCAUCAGAGGGUCCAGUACUGAAUCUCUGUGGGUCAAAACUCCCCAGGGAGUGUGCGGUUUGGGUGCUGAAGUUGCUGCCUUAGUGCCCAGGUCUCCGCAAGGAGGGUUUUGCAGCGGUGGUUUUGCCGUGUUUUCUGGUGAUGGUCUUAUUCUGUAUUUUCCUGGUCACUUACAGUGAAGCCGUAGUAAAAACGCCGACAUCCUGUUAGCAUUGUGGUCUCCACCAUCAUUACCGCCGUGUGGUUAAGUGCAAGUUCAUCUCUCCGAGCUUUCAGGGCUCGUGUAGUGCACUUACUGUUAAUACGAUAAAAAAAACGCCUACGGUAGAAGGGAUCUGCGAGUGCUUGACGGGCAGCGUGUGCUAAUGGGUCAGCAUCACUUCAGUUCACCGCGUGAAGGUUAGGGAAUUAUUUGCCUGCUGGUGGGAGCCGUGGCACCUGCGAGGCGCAAAAGUCACAGGGAGGUGAGCGGCGAAGGCACCUCAGGGGUUUUGGCUUUCCGCGGGUCUCACUCCGUCCUCGGUCUCGCUGUGCGUGAGGAGUGAUGAGUCACCUCGGGUUUUUCCAGAGGCUCUGUUCCUUUGCAGGCGUAAGUUGUUGAUAGAUGGAUUUUUCCUUUUAUUUUUUUUUUUCUCUUUAUGGCAAACAAGCAAUUGAUGGUUUUCGUCCCAGGCACGGAGAAACAAGCAGUACCUAUCAUUAUGCUGCAAGGAGGAAAAUUGCAGAGAUAAAGUACGUUUUAACUGUGGCAUCCAAUUACAAAGGGUAAACUGCCAAAAUCGAGGAGGCUUUAAAUAUGAUAAAUAACCCUGAAGAAAGCUUGGUACAUUUUCAGUGAUAGCACAUUGCAUGCUAAACAAGGUGCACUUCCCUGCCUCAGUUUGCCCUGUAGCUGGAUAAAUCUCAGCUACAUGGGGGAAAUGGGACCCUUUUUGUCCAACCACUAGCCAUGGUUGGUGAUUUUAGUCUUCCUCUAGUGUUGGGAAGUGUGAGGACAUAAAUGAAGGAGAAAAAUAACUGUGGGCCAGGAUACCGAGGUGAACUUUUAGGAGAACAGAGUCUGAAGAAGGGGAAUAAGGGAGAGGAAUUGCAAUAGUGGGUAAUAGCAAGGGUUAAAAAAAAAGGAGAUAAUGUGAGGGAUGUGCAGAGUUUGAAGGGAAGGCUGGAAGGCUGGAGCUGCAGGGGAAGGGGGGCACAUUAGUGCAGAGGAAACCUCUCCCCACUGGAACGCGGCAGAGACAUUUCCUGCCGCAUGUUUUGGUUUCUUAAUAGUUAUCUGACUAUAAAAUUAACCUACAUCGUUUAACGGGAGCUGAAUGGCAGCUAAAUUAACCCACUUUCAAAAUAGAACUUGCCGAGCCCAUCAGCUCUGUGACAGCCUCGUCCCCCGGGCGUCCCGGGGGUGAAAUCCGCUUUCUGUGCCUUAACCUAUUUCCCAAGCAGCGAUCCAAAGUGUUGCAUCAGCCCCGGAGCUGGCUGCUCGGGCCGGCGGUUGGCAGAUCAUACGUAUCACAGCGCUCCUUCCCCUUUCGCUAGGCAUUUUUUGCGCAACACGGUGGGUGCAGCACCGGCACGGGGGGAGCGCUGCUGUCAGGAGUCGUGACACUGGUUCUGGUAACAGCGUGGCCUUGAUUAUCCGAGGCCCAAUUAUCUGCAUCUCCAGGUUAUCUGAAAUGGGGUCAUAUCCCCCAACGUCUGUUAAUUGCACCCAAGGCACCCUCUGCUCUCCAGCUGCAUCCCACCAGCCCUUCCCAAGCUCUGGCAGUGCUGAGCACUUUUAGCUCCAGCAGUUCUACCUAGCUGCUGCAUUUGCUUUUUCACAUCCACACUGGGGGACAAAAAAAAAGGUAUCCUGGGUGUUUGCAGCCUUAAAGACCCUUGAAGGUUUCUAGAAGCAGACAGUGGCUGUGCAUAGGGGUGUGUGCCUGCCAGAGCUGACAUUGGUGAUGUCUGCGGAGAGGGCAGCAGCUGUAUUUGGGGUUUCUGCUUGCUUGCUGCCACUCCGCAGCUGCAGCCGAACCCCCAGUAUGGGUGCAGUGCAGUAGGGUGAGAUAGAAUUUGUCCCAGGGCAGCAUAUCCUGCUUACAAGCCUUAAUUUGCAAUGGGCAAAAGCAGGGAAGAGGCCAUACACCUUCCUAAUACCGGCUUCAGAGCCAGUGUGUAGUCAGGAGCCAUACCUGUGGUUCAUUCUUCCCUGCCUUAACUGGGUGCUUCCUUCUUUAAAGCAUGUGCAAAGCUGUGGAAAACCUUAUGGGAACUCUUUCUGCCCGGCAUGCUUUUGUUAUCUGUCUCCUGGUGCUGUCUUCUUUUGGCGUGCCUAGCUCAGGGAGGAUGCUGCGAGUACCGCCUCGGAGAGAAACACUCAUGGUAAUUUUUUUUUUCCUUAAAGGGAAGAUCCCAGAUGUCCUUGGUAAUUAGAAAAAUGAGCAAGGACAAUUCUGGAAAGUCUUUUAAAGCUAGUAUGUAGAAUAAUGUUUCCAACGUGAUAAAUUUCCCUUGGUUUUAAAGCAAUAGUUGAAUGGUAAGGUUUUUAAUUAGUCAUUAAAUAUUGUAUUAGGAGUAUCACCAGUGACGAUGAACUGGUGCAAAAUACGGUUGGAUUAGUUACUUGGGAAAGCUGGGAGUGGAGGAAGCAAUGACAGGAAAAUAAAGACUUAUUUGAGGUUGUUUUUUUUUUUUAAUGUAAAAUGAACUUUGUUUUGUUUGAUUUUUAUUUGGCUGCAGGUGGGGAGAAGGUUAUUUUAAAUGUUUAAAUGCUUAAAAAAAAAAGACACUACUCUGAAGGGUUAAAAGUCUGAAUCUGUAAUGGAGGUCUGUUGUUUAUCCAGUCAGUUGGCUUAUUGUACAACCUGGAUACACUGACGAAUACGUGCAGCUGACAAAAACCCAACCGAACAAAAACCAUCUAUAUAACUUCUUACUUCCUGCUUUUCAGCUGAAACGCAAGCUUUAUAA